AUGUCUAAUACCAAAACGCAACCCGUGCGCGAGCGCAAGCGUGAGCUCGAGACGGCCGACGAAUCGUCUUCAGAGGAUGAAUUACAGGUGGAAGGCCUUUUGGAUGGGGCCGAGAGUGAGCAGGAAAGCGAAAGUGAGCAGUUCGAGAGUGCUGACGAGGACCACGACCAGGAGUCAGACUCGGACUCGGACGCAGAGUUUAACAGAAUCCUCGCAGAAGGAUCGAGUGGCGAGGAUGAGGAUGAGGACGAGCCAAAGGAGCCGUCGAUCACAGACAAAUUAUCGGGAAUCAAGAUUCGGACGCUGAGCUCGUCAAGCUCGACAAAUGGAGAGGUGCUAACCAAGUUUUCUGACGGGCGCGAGCGGAUUCUGAGGCCCGAAAUUGACCCGGUCUACGACUCAGACGACUCAGACAGAGAGGAGACCAACACGAUUGGAAACGUGCCGCUUUCUGCGUAUGACGAGUAUCCGCACAUUGGCUACGACAUCAACGGAAAGAGAAUCAUGCGGCCUGCUCAGGGCUCUGCUCUAGACCAGCUGCUGGAGAGCAUUGAUCUACCAGAGGGCUGGACCGGCUUGUUGGAUAAGGAGACGGGAAACUCGCUGAAUAUCAGUGCCGAGGAGCUGGAGCUGAUCAGAAAAAUCGAGCGCAACGAGAACCCGGACGAAAGCGUGAACCCGUACGAGCCAACUAUUGAGUGGUUCACGAGUAAGACAGAGACGAUGCCGUUAACGGCCGUGCCCGAGCCAAAAAGACGGUUUGUUCCAUCGAAACACGAGGCCAAGCGGAUCAUGAAGAUCGUCAAGGCUAUCAGAGAGGGCCGCAUUGUGCCGCCGCAUCUUAAGAAGCAGCAGGAAGAGGAGGACGAGCUGAACUUUGAUCUCUGGGGCGCGGACAUCGACAACACCCAUGAUCACGUGAUGACGCUGCGUGCCCCGAAACUGCCUCCGCCAACCAACCAGGAGAGCUACAAUCCGCCUGAGGAGUACCUGCUGAGCGAGGAGGAGCGCAAGCGGUGGGAGGAGACGGACCCUAGCGAGCGUGAGCUGAAUUUCCUGCCGCAGAAAUACGGUGCUCUGCGCAAAGUGCCUGGCUACCAGGAAAGCGUGCGGGAGCGGUUUGAGCGGUGUCUGGACCUGUAUCUGGCGCCACGUGUGCGGAAGCAGAAGCUGAAUAUUGACCCGGAGUCUCUGAUCCCAGAGCUGCCGUCACCAAAGGACCUAAAACCGUUCCCUGUGCGCACGUCGACCGUCUACGAGGGCCACACCGGCCGCGUCCGCGCACUCUCGGUGCAUCCUAGCGGCAACUGGCUGGCCACGGGUGCCGACGACGGCACCGUGCGAGUGUGGGAGGUGCUGACGGGCAGACAACUGUUCCAGUACGCCAUCGUUGAGGAUGACGAGGACCACGUCGAGGCGCUCGAGUGGAACCCGAAGCCCGACGUUGCGCUGCUCGCGGUCACGUGCGGAGCGACGGUUUUCCUGCUGGUGCCUCCUGUCUUCGGCUUUGAGCUCGAAAAUAGGUCCAAGCUGCUCGUCGAGGACGGCUGGGGAUACGCCAAGACGGGCCACGACACUGUGGAAGGUGAGGACGGCGAGAGCUCGGGAAAGUCGGCGGCCGCCGUGUGGCACAAGCCGAACGAGGAGCAGUACGCGCACGGUGUUUGCGCCGUGGUGCGCACUUCUAGAGGCGGCUCUACUGUUGGCACGUUCAAAAGAGUCUCGUGGCACCGUCGCGGCGACUACUUCGUCACCGUCUCACCAGAAGGAGGCAACAAGACCUCGGUUCUGAUCCACCAGCUGUCCCGCCACGCAACCCAGUCGCCGUUCAGAAAAAGCAAGGGAAUCGUCAUGGACGCCAAGUUCCACCCGUCCAAGCCGGUAUUAGUCGUCAUGUCACAGCGGUACAUCAGAAUCUACAAUUUGCAGCAGCAGCAGCUGGAGAAAAAGCUGCUCCCGGGAGCCAGAUGGCUCUCAUGCCUGGAUAUCCAUCCGCGCGGCGGCGACCACAUUCUCGCCGGCUCGUACGACAAAAGAGUGCUGUGGCACGAUCUCGACCUGAGUGCCACGCCGCACAAGACGUUGCGGUACCACGAAAAGGCCGUCCGGGCCGUGGCCUUCCACAAGGGUGGCUAUCCGCUGUUCUGCUCUGCCUCGGACGACGGUUCUGUGCACGUGUUCCACGGAACCGUCUACGACGAUCUCAUGAGCAACCCGUUGCUCGUGCCGCUGAAAAAGCUCACCGGCCACAAGGUGGUGAACAAUUUGGGUGUCCUCAACGUGUGCUGGCACCCUGCACAGCCUUGGCUUUUCACCGCGGGGGCAGACCACACGGCCCGGCUGUGGACAGACUGAUUAGAUAUAAACCGGUUCUUAAACUACGUAGUAGCGUUAAAUGGAUGCAUUCAGGUUCUCACGUCCGGCUCCUCCUUACCGAUGAACUCCUGCAGCUUGAGAAACUUGACAACGCUCUGGAUGUCAGAGGCAAGGAAAUCGGAGGCAGACUUGGCGAGGUUCUCGUCAGACACGUCACCAGAGUGUUUCUCCAGAUACAGUCUGAUCGUGGCGCCCGACGAGCCCGUACCGGAGAGUCUGACCACAAACCUCAGGCCAGAGUCGAGCUUCACGUACAGACCUUGUUUGCUAGAGACAGAGCCGUCAAGGUCGGUGUACGAGAAGUUGGCGGCUUCAAUGACCUUACCGGAGCUCCCUAUCGUAGAGCCGAUGAACUGCUGGCCCUGAUCGACCUUGUCCUGCAACAGAUUAAUCACCUUCGCUGCAUCAGCGCUAUCGCACUCCUCGUAGUCGUAUCUCGUAAAGAACGUUCUUCCGUAUUUCUUCCAGAAUGAUUUUUGGAUGUUGGCGAUCGUUGGCUCGAUUUCCGGGUGAUCCCUUUCGAAAGCAGCCAGCAGGUUCAGCCAGGCCACAAUGGCCCACAAUCCGUCCUUCUCUCUGAUGUGGUCAGAGCCAGUACCGAAAGAUUCUUCUCCGCAGAUGGACAGUUUCUUGGCGUCGAAAAGCGCACAGAAAAACUUCCAUCCGGUAGGCACCUCGUAGAUAUUCAAGCCCUUGGCCUUGGCAACAAGGUCGAGUGCUCCAGAGGUAGGCAUCGAUCUCGCCAAGCCGUGGACGCCGUUUUUCUGGAAGUAUGGGAUGCUUUGUGCGUGCUCCGCAAUGAUAGCAACCGAGUCUCCAGGGGAGACAAAAGCUCCAGCUCCGUAGAUCAUGUUUCUAUCUCCAUCUCCAUCAGAAGCCGCACCAAAUGCAAUAUUUUCAGCGUCCACUCUGUCCACCAGCGUCCGUGCGUAGGUCAAAUUAGGAUCUGGGUGUAAUCCGCCAAAGUCUGGCUUAGCAACGUAGUUUUGAAUCGAAGAUUCUGGCAGUCCCAACUCGUCCACAAAUAUAGCCUUGCCGUAAGGACCUGUGACUCCGUUCAGCGCAUCGAACAGAAUUUUGAAGCCCUGAGGCGUCUUUUUAGCAAUAAACGACCUGAUGAGGUCCAGGUCGAAAAUCUCCUUGAUCAUCGCCACAUACGCAGCGGUGGAAUCAAUGAUCUCGACUUCCAAUUGCCCAUACGUCUUUGUUCCAAUAGUAGACAAAUCCACCUCCGGCAGGUCCUUCACAAUCUUGUAGGACUCCAGUUUCAGAGAGGUCUCGUAGAUCUUGUUGGUGACAGACUCCGGGGCCGGUCCUCCAUUGCCCAGGUUAUACUUGAUUCCACAGUCGUUGUUUGGUCCUCCAGGGUUGUGCGACGCAGUCAGAAUGAUACCUCCGGUCACCUCCUUGCCGUCGCCGUUAGGACCGUACGUUCUGAUGACCCGGGAGGCAGCAGGUGUCGACAGAAGCCCGUUCUGACCAAUUAUCAGUUUCUUCACCUUAUUGGCCGCGCCAAUCUUGGCAAUCAAUUGCACAAUGUGGUCGUUGUAGUAUCUUCCGUCUCCACCGACAACUAGAGUCGACCCCUCGGCACCUUCUGGAAUGGAGUCGAAGAUGGCCUGGAUGAAGUUCUCUGUGUAGUUUGGCUGCUGGAAAACCUUGACCUUUUUCCGCAAACCAGAUGUUCCUGGCUUCUGGUCAGUGAAUGGCUUGGUAGGCACUUCUGAAACUGCAAACGACAUGAUAUUAAA